UCAGCGGUUCAUCGGGACGGAACGAAGGACGAGCAGGCGAAGGGUUGAGCUCGGCGUGUAAGGAGAGCAAGAAGACAGGGGCCCGAGGGAGGCAAGGCAUAAGAGGCAUCGGGAGGAGAAGUUGAAUAGAAAGGGUAGGGAUCGGAACGAGAGGAAGGGAAGGGGAGGAGGAGGAGAAGCAGGGACAGAGGAUCGAGGAAGAGUGACGAUGGGGCGGCACACGAAUGAGGGUCUGGUGCUGGCAAGGCUGGUCGUGGUGGUGCUUGUGAGUUUGGGGGUCGUCGCAGAGGCAGGAAGGGCGGAAUUGCUGUCCGCGGAGGAGCAGCUGCUGCUGGAGGAGACGAGGCCGAUUUUGCAGAGGUCAAUGGUGGAUCGCGUGAACGCAGACAAGCGUGCGACAUGGAAGGCGGCGUUGAAUUCUCGAUUGGAGAAGCACACUGUGAAGGAUUUCAAGCGCCUGUGUGGAACGAUCAUGACCCCCGUCCCGGACCUGGAUUCCUCCUCAUUCCCCGUUCUGGAGCCGGGUCGCAACGAUGCUCGCGGCCGAACCAUCUCCCCGGCAGACCUCCCUGAGAGCUUCGAUGCCCGAGAAGCUUGGCCCCAUUGCAGGACUAUCAGCGAGAUACUCGAUCAAGGCCACUGCGGGUCGUGCUGGGCUUUCGGAGCUGUGGAGUCGCUGUCAGACCGCUUCUGCAUCCACGGCUUCGAGAACGUAACCCUGUCGGAGAACGAUCUGCUCUCGUGCUGCGGAUUCGAGUGCGGUUAUGGAUGCGAGGGAGGAUACCCUUUUCGAGCAUGGCAGUACUUCAAGCGCACGGGCGUGGUCUCGGCAACCUGCGAUCCCUAUUUCGACAACGUGGGCUGUGGCCACCCGGGCUGCUCGCCCGUGUACGACACCCCGGUGUGCAACAAGGCCUGUGUGAACGACGAUCUGUGGGCGGAGAACAAGCACUUCGCCACCAGCGCCUACUACCUGCCGUCGGAUCCCGAGGCUCUGAAGCUGGAGCUCUACACGAACGGGCCGAUCGAGCUUUCGUUCAAUGUCUACGAGGACUUCGCGCACUACACGUCGGGCGUUUACCAGCACUUGUACGGGGACUACAUGGGGGGCCAUGCCGUCAAGCUCGUGGGCUGGGGUGUGGAGAACGGGGUCGAUUUCUGGACGGUGGCCAACUCUUGGAACACGGAAUGGGGCGAGAAGGGUUACUUUCGGAUUGUUCGGGGCACUAACGAGUGCGGGAUUGAGACCUCUGCUGUUGCUGGUAUCCCCUUCGUCCAAGGAGGCAAAAGAUCCCGUGUGGCGGAGAUGUAAAGAAAGAAAAUGAACGGAAUUGAUAGUGUGCCCGGAACUAGUCGCGCCAAAGGUGUACUUUCCUCUCGAUGACAUCUCACACCCUUUGUAUAGCUUUGGUACUCAUCGAGCUAUGUGUUUCAUACAUGUUGGAGGCUCUAAACGGAUCUUCUUUGCUUCUUGUAAUUAUGUUCUUCCUCUAGGUACAGAAUUGUGGUAUCUGUGAAGCCCCUCGAGCUUCUUGCAAACCUGAAGCCAGCGUCAGGGAGGCAGUGCUUGGAAAUGUCCAUGUAUCAUAUUUUUAUCGGUUAAAAAAAGAGAGAUUGGAACUGUUACUCAUGUGGGGUCGCUUUGAGUUGCGCUUGUGUUACCUGUCGGUGCGAUUGGGACAUUGGUCAGUGUGGACUUGAAAGUCUGGUUUUCUUCAUUGUGUCUGUGCCUUCCUAUGAAUCUUGAGGAGUUUUGACUUUACUGAUUGACAAUCGCCCACAGAGAUUUCUCAUGUGCGGAAAAUGUUAGCAGCAUGAACUGCUGAAAAAAUCGCGUGUUGCUGGAAGUUGGAGCUCGUGAAUAUUUAUGGUAGACUCUGACAGGCUUGAUUACAAAUCUUUUCGAGAUGUAUUGACGAUAAUGCCAUCUGAACACAUCUAGCGGGAGAGUUAGCUAUAGUAGGGAGAGCAAGUCCGCUAACAGACGAUUCUUUGACAAGAGCCAGCUCAAAAUAUCGAAGAUUCGAGUAUCAAUAAUUCUUGAUCACAAUCAUUGAAGAAGCAUCAAGGGAGCGGAGUGAGCCCUCGCGCUCGCCGCCGCUUGGCGAAGCAGAUUGUCAAAUCAUGGGAGGUGUGGCAGAUUUUUGUCAUUACACACGUGUAGCAGGCUUGCUGUUCUGAAGUCUACUGGCAACAUGAUUUUGCCGAUGAAUUUCUUUUAGAUGACCUUGAAUAAGAGACCUGUACUGUAAUCUGUCAAACCAUGGAGUAUGCAUGGUGGUCUGAAGACUGCUGGCAACUUCAGUUUUCCUCAGCACAUCUGCUGGGUGAACUUUGAGAUGUGCACAGGGUUCAAUUACGGUAAAGUAGAUACAAAAGGGACGUGCUUGUAACUAUUUCAUUCACUGACCAGAGAUACUCCAAAUAGAAGCAAGGAACUUGUGCGGUUUCUCUGGAUCCCCAGAGUAAGUCGAAUCCCACAACCAGCUAAGGAUUGUGCACCGGCAAGAGCC